CGCUCACAGAAUCUGAGAGAGAUAGAAAAGGCAGAGACGACGAAAGAGAGAGAGAGAGAUCGAAGAAGACGGCUUGGGAGCUUUCUUCGUCUUCUUCUUCCUCCAUGGCGUUUCGAUUGUUUGGCAGUCUCUCUCUUCUUAUUUAAUUUAAAUAAAAAUUAAAAAUAGUGAAUCUCGGGGAGCACUUUUUUAUUUUAUUUAUUAUUCUCUUUUUUUUUUUUCAUUUAUCGAUAAAAAUUGUGUGUCGCCGCCGAUUUGGGAGUGAGUAGUGUUUCCAGUUUAUCUACGAACGAUUAAACAUGAUUUUUCUCCUCUUCUGCGAUCAGAUGAUUAUGUAAAAUCUGAGAGUUGGUCUGUGUGUUUCGCUGUGGAUAUGAUAUACGAGAGAGAUUUCAUGAAACAUACAAUGCUUGAACACGACGCCGUUUUCAAGAAUCAGGUUCAUGAACUUCACCGUUUGUAUAGAGUACAGAGGAACUUGGUGGAUGAAGUUAAGGGAAAUAAUUCGAAUGACGAUGCAAGCAAAAGGCACUUUCCUGGGUAUGGAGAAGGAAGCAGCUCUCAGGCUUGCAACGGUCCUUUGCAAAACAGGAGAAAAAUGAUUGAUCUUGAGCUCCCAGCCGAUGAGUUUGAUGAGACUGGUGAUACCGAUGAGAUCACAACUCGCAUUCCGCACAAACGGCCAAGAUCAGGAAGAGAGGAUGGUUCUCAUCGGAGCAACUCUUCAGGGUCUUGCUUGGAUGUGAAGAACUCAAAUGGCUUAGCUGACUUGAAUGAGCCACUCAAUUGGCAAGAUUCGGAGCCUGUUGCUGCUCUCUCCAGGGACGUGUAUCCUCACUAUGGAAGAAGCAAUGCAGAUGUUUCAGGGCGGUUGUUGGAGAAGAACACAAGCCAAAAUGGACGGAUGGUCCUUGGCUCAGGGCACGACAGGAGCACUCAGAGAGACCUGCAUCUGCCUUCCCAUUCUGUACAAGUACGUUCCAACAGCGCAGUUCAACCUCAGAGCUAUCUCACAACUGAUCACAGCAAUGUAGUAUUCUCCCGGGAAAGAGCAUAUCAUGAGCUCGAAGUUCGCUCAAACAAUCCUCAAGCGUCUCAUAAUAGCUACGUGGAAUCAUAUGCGACAUCUAAUGCUCCUAGGUUACACAAUGACUACCGCCCUGACUAUGUCAGACCAUUGAGCCAUUGGUCUUCAUCAUGGGAGAACCCUAGGAGCACCUCACAUCAGAGAUUUUACCCAGUUCAAACGAAUCCCUACAUGAACUUUGUUGCGCGCGCAAGGACAGAUACAAGUUUUGAUACGAGAACCCCUGUCACUAACGGGGUUUAUCAUGGAUUCUCUUCAGGGUCGAAGGAGGCUGCCGUUAGUUUCCCAUCAGGAGGCUUUAGACCAAAUGCUUCUUUAGGUGAGGUGAUGAGGCACCAGAGUUCCGAAAGCUUUCAGGGGCUAAAAACGCAGGAGUCCUCAGCUAAUUUGCCCUGGCUAAAACCUAAGCCAUCUUACAAAAGUGAAAGAUCCAAUGGCUUCUUUGAUUUGAAUGCUUCGACCGAUCAAUUCAUGGAUGGAACUGACACAGGGGACUGUAGGAAUGGAGUUUCUCCUCAGACGGGAUUUAGGUCAUCUGCCUCAUGCUCUUAUAAUGCCAACAUGGGAAGAAUUGAAAUGAUCAACCCACAGAAUAGUGGAAAACUUAUUGGGUGCCCAAUAUUUGAGAAGCCUUCUGUUUGCAAGGAGGAGCGUGCUCCACUUAUCUCUCGCUCCGCUGAUCAACAUAAGGAAGUGAAACACAUGGUGAAGCGGGACUUCGACAUCAACUUGCCAUGUGAUGCCUCAGAUUCUGUUGACCAGCGUGGUUCUAAAGCCUUUUGUGCUGUAAAGGAAGAAGGAAACAAAGCUGCCAACAACAGACACUACUUUGAUCUGAAUUCAUGCGCUAGUGAAGGUGAUGAAGAUUCCGGCUUCCAUUCCAGUCUGAGAGUGAAAACAAAAGGAAACAUUUGGAUAGAUUUGGAAGCUCCUCCCGCUCUUGAGAGCGAAGAAGAAGGAGGGGGCUCGCAGGAUAUGAAAGACCAAGACGAUAACCCUUUGGAUGAACUAAUCAAGGAAGCAGCACAAGCAAUAGUCGCCAUCUCAUUAUCUGAUCACCAACGUCAUCUUGAUGACGCAGCUUCCUCCACAACUGACGCGGCUUUGAAAAGUCCGCUCUCCUGGUUAGCAGACAUGAUCACUUCUUGCGGUGAUGAGUUAGAAAGAAAGGCUGAUAAGUCUCCAGAAGCCACAGACUUUGAGGGCUACCGGGAAGAAUACUCUUCUGGAGAGAUUGAUUACUUUGAAGCCAUGACCCUGAAUCUACAUCCCACUAAGGAAGAAGACUACAUGCCAGAGCCCUUGGUCCCUAAGAAUCUGAUACUCGAAGGGACGGGUUUGAACAGGCUAAGAAGAGGACAAGCGAGACGAGGAAGACCAAAGCGUGAUUUCCAGAGAGAUACACUCCCUGGGCUCUCCUCUCUGUCGAGGCAAGAAGUCACGGAAGACAUCCAGUUGUUUGGUGGGCUUAUGAAAAGCAGAGAGCACACUUGGAGUUCUGGAGUGGCUUCUCGACGGAACGCAAAAAGAAAACGAACGGUCACCAACGUAAGCCAAGCUCAAGUUUGCCCGUCAAUGACGCAGCCUGAGAGCGUAUCAGUGGUUGGGCUUGAAGACAGUGAGCUUAGAGGAUGGGGAAAAGCAACAAGAAGACCGAGAAGACAAAGGUGCCCUCCUGCAGGUAAUCCCGCAACUGUGAUCUUUACAUGAUACGCCCAGAACCUUUGAAACAUUGUAGAGGGUACAAUUAUUAUAUAAUAGAUUUGAUCUCACCAGCUCACCUUUGUUGGGGGUGUUGUAUAUCUUGUCUUCUGUAAGAUGGGCCAAACAUGAUUUGCUAUUAUUUAAAAGCCUGGUUGGGUAUAAAAACAGAUGUUAAUUUUUUGUCA